AUGGAGUUCAAGUUGUCUGAAAUUUGUUCUCUGCUAGGAGAUCGCAUUGAGCAAUAUAACAGUGUUGCAAAGAAACGGAGGAUCGAAAGAGAUGUGUCUAUUUUAGGAAGUACUGCUAUGAAAUCAAAAUAUGCUAGACUCACCUCAACACCAAAUAAUAAUCUAAGAACAUCAAAAGAUAUUCACUUCUCAAUACUAGAAACUCCAAACACAAUAAUACCUCUAUCCUCUCCUGUAAGCUUUUCAUCUGCCACCAAAGUUCCUACACGAGAAACUCCUAUACGAUCAACUCCCAAACGAAAAGUAAUGCGUGUACAUAAAAAAAUUAUAUCACAACCAAAAAGGUUAAUCUUUUAUGACAGUGAUGAUUGUGAAGAU